CAGACAGUUCGAAGAAUACAGAAGUCCCUCAGUAACAAUGGAAAGCCGCUGGAAUAGCAUAGAUAAAACAUGGAGUGGAUCUCCUCGCAAAUCCAUUUAUAAAUCUGAUACUUCUGCUGGACGCAUCAUUUUCAAUAACAUGAAGAACUGGCCAAAGAACGUGUGCCAGAUAUCAGAUAUUGAUGGGGUGACUGUUACAUUUGAGCAGGCCCUCACGUGGGCCAUUCGCAUAGCUCAGUUCUUCAAGAAGCGAGGACUAGACCACACGAGCGUCAUUGGAAUUGUAGCUGCGAAUACCACCUAUGUCAUGCCAUUGGGCGUGGCAUGUUUAUUUAAUGCCACACCAUUCCACGCUAUCAAUCCGAUAUUGGACGAAGACACUAUCAAGUUCAUGUUUGGGAUAACCAAGCCACAGUUAAUAUUCUGUGACAAACAGAACUAUAAUAAAGUCGUUGAGGCCACCAAGGAUUGGAGUCCUGAGGUAUAUACAAUAAGCGAACCCCUGGAAGGUAAGCCCAGCAUACAGAGCCUAUUGGAGCCAACGACUACAGAAAAGUUCUAUCGGUAAA